CAGCUGCCCUGCCACUUUGGACUGUGCCUCUGUCACUAAGAUGCUAUUUUGGGGACGUGUUAUUGAAAAGGUCAGAUAAAGAAGCAAAGGCGUCCUCUCAAAGCAGAAGGAGAGCGUGUCGGGUGAAUGGAUCAGAGAGACAACAGAGUGAGGACGAGAGUGCAGAACUGCAUUGAACAGGCUUGUUGAAAAAUCGGAUUUAACUCCUGUUGUAAUGGAUAGAGACGCAGUGAACCAGGAGACACCGGAGUCUUCAGAGGGGACAAGUCAGACUGACUCAAGCGACAGCAAGCAGACAGAUGAACGCCAGCUUGUGCACAGUAACGACCCAGAAGGCGGGACUUCAGAGGCUUGCGCAGCAGAAGGUCAGGGGCUAACGGUUGAGGUGGGGGAGGAUCCACCGCCACAAGUGAGGAGUGAGGAGGCUGCGGACACACACCCACUCCGGACAACUGCUUCAAUGUCAGCUGAAUGUGACAUAGAAGGCAAUGAACAAGACCACCAGAAGGAUCCUGAAGAGAAAGAGAAGGGGGAAGAUAGGGAGGAGCUCAAAAAUGGAGAUCUUGGUGUGGUGAAGGGUGAGAGCAAAGAUAUAGUUGAAGAAAAGGUAAGUGAAAACAAAAGUGUUGAUAAAAACCCAGAAAAGGUGGAGGAGGAGAAAAAACAAGUUAAAGAUCAAAUGAAAGAUAAAGAAGCGGUAAAAGAGGGAGAAAAACAAGGGAAGGCCAAAAGAAACCCAAGAGCAACACCUCACGCUCCAGCCCGUCCGAGGCCCUCGGCUCGCUCUGCCCGAGCCUCUAAAAAGAGCGACAUCAUCGCCAAGUUCCAACAGGGUGCACCAGAGACGCCGAUCCCACGCAACUUCAAAAUUCAAAAGUCAUCCACUGCUUCGGCCACAGGGGCCUCCAUCAAACAGAGGAUGCUGCAGUGGUGCCGCAGCAAAACUCAACACUAUCACGGCGUCAACAUAGAAAACUUCUCCUCGUCUUGGUGUGACGGGAUGGCUUUCUGUGCGUUGAUCCAUCGGUUCUUCCCCGAGGCUUUCGACUACAGCACCCUAAAAGCCACUGAAAGGGAAAAAAACUUCACACUGGCCUUCCAAACUGCAGAGUCACUGGCCGACUGCUGGCCACUGCUGGAAGUGUCUGACAUGCUCAUGAUGGGCAACAACCCGGACCCCAUGUGUGUGUUCACCUAUGUCCAGUCCUUGUGUCACAGUCUCUCCAAACUUGAGAAAGAGAAAGAGGAGAAGGCCAAAGAGGGCCAUAAGAAGGAUGAGGAUGCCGCUAAAGAGCUGUCAGCGGACAAGGAUGAGGCCGAGCAUGCUCAGAACGGGCCACUGAUAAGUGGCCAGGAGGAGAAAGGUAGCGACGGCUCAGAAGCAACUGGAAAGGAAGAAGAGACCCCAAAGAGCUGUGAAACGGAGGGAGAUGGAAGAGUUUUUGUGGAGGCAGAGUCCUAGGAAAGAAAUGACCCCCCCCAAUAUAUAUAUAUAUAUAUAUAUAUAUAUAUAUAUAUCAUUGGAGCACUGAAUUGAGAAUGUCUUAGUUUGUUGGUGGUUUUGACACGCUCUUAUGUCAGCUGUGUCAUGUUUAUUUUUGGAUAAGCUGCUUUUGUUUUUGUGCACAUGAAGUAGCCAACUUUCAUUUCUAAUUGUUGUGUAUACUGAGAAAGUUACGGAGCCCCUAAAGGGACAUGGGGGGGGGGAGAAACUUCUCAUUCGAACGAGAAACUUUCUCCUUAUAAUGAGAAACUUUCUCAUUUGAAUGAGAAACAUCUACUCGUGAGUGCAAGCUUACUCACUACCUGCUAGCGGUAGCUUCCUGCGUUCGGGUAGCCGUACAGUAGCUUAUUUACAACUUGCUUCCAGCGCAUGUCAGCUGAGAGUGGCAACAGAAGAGGACUUGCUCUCUUUCCUCAAAACAAGGAAUAUACAUGAUCGUGUCAUCGACCAACUAAAAGAAGAUAAGGUGUGUAUAAAUGUAAACUUUCAUCACACGAAUAUAGCAGUACAGGCUAUAGAUAGCCAUGUUUGCUAGUGUGUGUGUGUGUGUGUGUGUGUGUGUGUGUAAAUAAGCUACCACUCAGGUAUAAAUUUCUUUUUUUUUUGGCAUGUCCCUUUAGGCCCUCCGUAGAAAGUAAAUUCAGCAAUUAAUAUUUUUUAAUGAUUUAAAGAGGCAUUUAAGAGAUGUAGAAUGGAUCAACAAUAGAGUGAUGGCCAUAAAGAAGGAUUCUAAUCACAGUUGUUUGAUCAAUUAAAUAUUAAAGAUAUGAAAAUUUG